CAAUCACAAUACAGCAUGAUGAACAGAUGUUACAACAACAAAAAUUAUUAAAUCAACAAACAAGAGAAAUGCAACAAUUAAAGGAUGCAAUCACGAUACAGCAUGUCGAACAGAUGUUACAACACCAAGAGUUAUUAAAGCAACAAACAGUAGAAAUUCAACAAUUAAAGGAUACAAUCACAAUGCACCUUCACCAAAAUCCGAAAUUAUAUGCAAGACCUGAUCUUGAAGAUGUAAGUCGAAAAAUAUUUCUAUCUCCAAGAGCAAGAAAAUUGUAUGACAAAACAGUACAAUUAAAAAGACAGAAAAGAUAUCUCAAGAGACGCCUUAAUCAAGUCACAUCAAAUACAUCAAAAUUAAUAAAACAACGUGGAACAAAUAAAAGCAGAAUUGAUGAUACUGCAGCGGUAAGACAGCAAAUUGUACACAUGAUUUCAAGGAAUAGUAACGUAGCACCACAGGCAAGGCGGUAUACAUUAGAAGAGAAAAUGUUUUGUAUUGGAAUCUACCGCCGAUCUCGUUCAGCUUAUAAAUUUCUAUCAAAAUAUCUACUGUGUCCUUCUAUCACUACUUUGGAUACUCAACUGAGACAUAUUCCAUUAAAUUCUGGUUGUAACCCUAUCAUUUUUAAAUAUCUCCAAUUGGUGGCAAAAGAAGUCAAGGACAUUGAAUUAUACUGUGUACUAAUUUGGGAUGAAAUGGCUAUAGAACCAGCCAUAAAUUACGAUUCCAAAUCUGAUAAAAUUAUUGGAUUUGAAGAUUGGGGAAUGAAACGUACUAGAAAAUUUGCAGAUCAUGCAAUACUGUUUGCUGUACGAUGUUUUGCUUCAGGUAAUCACAUGCCUAUUGGAUAUGGAUUUUGCCGAAAUACAACAAAUACAGUACAACUUAUAAGGUAA